AUGCCAAACCAGGAUCUUUUAUCCCAGAGUUCAUUGAUAUCAGUUCAUUUACAUAAUAAUCAUUCUGUGAAGCCACACUCAAUCGAGCGGUUCUCCACUAUUCUCAAUGCGUACAUAGUUGUAUUCAAACCAGAAACAGACCAAGAAACAGCAUUGACUCAUUACAAUGAAAUUGAGGAAAUCCAACAGUCCGAUAUAUCCCACACUAAUCAAAAUCUUGAUUAUGGGAUCAUCCACAAGUACGAAAUAGGCAGCUUCAAAGGAUAUUCUGGAAAGUUCUCUUCAAGCGUAAUUAGCACUAUCCAGACAUACGAAGAGGUGGAUUAUAUUGAGCAAGAUAAACAUGUACAAGCAGCAUGUAUACAAAACCAAGCUCCUUGGGGACUAGCCAGAAUUUCUCAUAAAGAAGCAUUAACAGAUAACACAUUUAACAAGUAUCUCUAUAACAAACAUGCUGGAAAACAUGUAACGGUCUAUAUUAUGGAUAGUGGAAUAUACGAAGAACAUGAAGAUUUUGGUGGCAGAGCUUCGUUUGGGGUAAACUUUUUAAAGGGCUCUCCAGAUAAUGACACUAACGGCCAUGGAACCCAUUCGGCUGGAAUUAUCGGAGGAAAAAGAUACGGUGUAGCCAAAAAGGCCAAACUAGUUUCUGUAAAAAUCUUGGAUGAAAACGCUACUGGGAGCGUCUCAAAUGCUAUAGCUGGCAUUGACUGGAUAGUUAAAUGUCAUGAAUUUGAUAUUCAGAAAUCUCUUUUGAAAGGCAAUACGUAUAAGGGAGCCGUGGCAACAUUGAAUUUUAUUACUACUAGUACAAAAGCAUUGAAUAAAGCCGUCAUAGAAGGAAUUUAUGGAGGUGUUACCAUUAUUGUUCCGGCUGGAAAUGAUGGCCAGUCCGCAUGCGAUUAUUCGCCACCUUCUGUUACAGCGGCCAUCAAAGUUGGAUCAUCAACUUAUUAUGACAAAAAGUCAUUGUUCUCAAACAAUGGGAAUUGUGUGAAUAUAUACGCACCAGGUCAAAGCAUAAUAUCUGCCGGAAACUCUCAUAAAAAUUCAAAAAGAGUUCUGUCGGGAACAUCUGAGGCAGCAUCGCAUGUAGCAGGCUUGGCUGCUUACUUUAUUAGCAUGAGAGAAGGACAAAAUACACCUGAAUACAUCAAGAGCAAAAUUAUGGAUAUAGCUACACCGGAUGUAAUAUUAGAGCUUGAUCCUUAUGGGCGUUCUACUUUAAAGCCAAUCGCCUUUAAUGGUUUUAAACUAUAA